UUUUGUAGAUGAAGAAUUUGGUGGCCAUUCUCUCUCUUAAAAAUGGUACUCUCACUCUCACCCGCGGCCGCGCCCAAUCUACUCCGCCAUUACCCAAACGGCGGUGAUAGCCGAAUUCUCAGGCUGCUCUCCCUCCGCAAUUCCCACCAUCUGCGUUUCAGCAAAAGAUUAAACCUCUGCACUAAGGCUUUCAGCACUCCAGUUCAAUGCAACUUAAAACCGCCGGCAAGGGUGGUGACACCCGGCGACAUUUUCCGGCAACUCGCCGCCUCCACUGUCCUUUUACUCAGUCUUGGUUUCGCCCUUCACUCCUUCUCGGCCUCCGCUCGCGCCGCCGUUGCUCCCCCUGUCGCUUCAUCCGAGGAUCAGACUCAGGACUCUAAACCCCAAGAGAAUGAUGAAGGGGGGCAAACAAAAAAAGUUGUUGAAUUUGAUGAUGAAGAACUCCAAGCAGAAUUCGAGAAAUGGAAGGCAAAGACAUAUGCUUUAACGGUUCCUCUAAGAAUUGUUUCCUUCAACAACUCAUUUCCUCCCGUAUGGAUCAAGGAUUUUAUACGUUCUCAAGGAAAGAGAGCUCAAGUACGCCCUGAGUUUCGCCGUAGCCUUCAGGAUAUCUUUCGUGAACUUUCUACAGCAUUUGAGAAAGGAGUUCUCAAUCCAAAAUCUGCUGCAGCGGCCGAUGUUAUUGCUCUUGGCGAUGCGUGGCUUAGUUUUGCCAUUAAGAAUGGCUUAAUCGAGCCAAUGCAAGGGGUAGAAGACCAAGACUGGUUUAAUGGAUUAAGUGACAAAUGGAAGGUAUAUUUGCGCAGGAGUUCUGAAGGGAAACUGGAUUCUCAAGGGAGGAUAUGGUCUGCGCCCUUCCGAUGGGGAAGCAUCGUGAUAGCUUAUAAGAAGAGAGAAUUUCGUAAGCGUAACUUGGCUCCUAUUAAGGACUGGGAUGAUUUAUGGCGGCCUGAGCUCGCGGGAAGGAUUUCAAUGGUCGAUUCACCGAGAGAAAUUGUUGGUGCAGUUUUGAAGUAUAUGGGGGCAUCUUAUAACACGAAAGAUUUUGAGUCUGAAGUUACUGGUGGGCGAAAUGCCGUGCAGCAGAAUCUUGCAUCGCUAGUUAAACAGGUUCGGCUAUUUGACAGUCAAAACUAUCUUAAAGCCUUUGGAGUGGAAGAUGUAUGGAUAGCUGUUGGAUGGAGUACCGACAUUCUUCCGGCUGCAAAGCGGAUGUCAAACGUUGCAGUUAUUGUUCCAAAAUCCGGUGCAAGUCUAUGGGCAGAUUUUUGGGCAAUACCGGCUGCCACAAGAAUUGCAUCUGAUCAAAUCGGGGGGAGAGUCAGAGGGCCUUCGCCGCUACUACAUCAGUGGAUAGAAUUCUGUCUGCAAGCUGAACGAGAAUCACCAUUCAAGGACGAGGUCAUCCCGGGCGCAACUCCAUAUGCACUCAAAGCCCCGAUAGAGGUCUCUGAAGAUCGCGAAAGAGGCAAGCCUAAGCUCGAAACAAACCUCGUAGCUGGUGUCCCUCCCCCCGACAUCCUGACGAAAUGUGAAUUUCUGGAGCCAUUGUCGGACAAGGCAGUGUCUGAUUAUCAAUGGUUAAUAAGUAGCAUACAGAAACCUAACCCCAGUCUGACCAAAAGGCUACAGCAGUAUAUAUUGUCUGUUUUGCAAACAUUUUCACCUAAAGUGCAGUCAAAGGUUGUCUGAGAAAACAUGUACAUCUUCCUAGGAUUCAUAUGUUAUUUGGUUUGGGAAAUGAUUGUAAGUUAUUCUGUACAAAACUUUUGAACAAAUGUAUAACCCUUCACUUUUUUUUU